CUCUCUCUCUCUCUCGCCUUCCCUCCCCUCCCCUUCCCUCGGAGGCAGAAGAGAGGCCUGGCCGGUCCAGGCCGGGACUGAGCCGCCGCCUGGAUUUCUCGGAGUAGGCCCCGCAGGAGGCGCUGGCGGCGGGAGGUGCGUUCUCCUCCUCCCCCCUCAAGGCCCAGCAGCCGCCAUCGCCAGGAAGCCAGGAGACGAGGAGGAGGAGGAGGAGGAGGGGGAGGGGGAAGCGGGAGGCAUGAACCACCGGCCCCCGCAGCCGGCCCCCUCGGCGGUGGCGGCGGCGGCGGGGAAGAUGCCGGCCCCGCCAGCGCCCGCGGGCACCGAGGACGGGCUGCUCCCGGGCCGGCGGAGGAAGCUGGAGGCCAUGAUCCGGGACCCCCGCUCGCCCGUCAAUUUGGAAAGUUUGCUGGAUAGUUUGAACUCUUUAGUUCUUGAUCUGGAUUAUCCAGCACUGAGGAAGAACAAGAAUAUUGACAACUUCUUAAACAGAUAUGAGAAAGAGGUCGGAAAGAUCCGUGGUCUCCAGAUGAAAGCAGAAGAUUAUGAAGUUGUUAAAGUGAUCGGAAGAGGUGCAUUUGGUGAAGUACAGUUGGUUCGUCAUAAAGUAACACAGAAAGCUUACGCUAUGAAACUUCUUAGUAAAUUUGAAAUGCUCAAAAGAUCAGACUCAGCCUUUUUCUGGGAGGAGAGAGAUAUUAUGGCCUUCGCCAACAGUCCAUGGGUAGUUCAGCUUUUUAGUGCCUUUCAAGAUGACCGAUACCUAUACAUGGUAAUGGAAUACAUGCCAGGUGGAGAUCUUGUCAACCUCAUGAGCAAUUAUGAUGUGCCUGAGAAGUGGGCCAAAUUUUACACUGCUGAAGUUGUCCUUGCCCUUGAUGCAAUUCAUUCCAUGGGCAUGAUACACCGAGAUGUGAAACCUGACAACAUGCUUUUGGAUAAAUAUGGACAUCUGAAGCUUGCAGAUUUUGGUACCUGUAUGAAAAUGGAUGAAACAGGGAUGGUGCGUUGUGAUACAGCCGUUGGAACACCAGACUACAUAUCACCCGAAGUAUUGAGGUCACAAGGUGGUGAUGGUUAUUAUGGAAGGGAAUGUGACUGGUGGUCUGUAGGAGUCUUUCUGUUUGAGAUGCUAGUUGGAGAUACUCCGUUUUAUGCUGAUUCAUUGGUUGGAACCUACAGUAAAAUAAUGGAUCACAAAAAUUCAUUGCACUUCCCAGAAGAUGUGGAAAUCUCAAAACAUGCAAAGGAUCUUAUCUGUGCCUUUUUAACUGACAGGGAGGUGCGUCUCGGAAGGAAUGGAGUAGAAGAAAUUAAAUCGCAUCUGUUCUUUAAAAAUGAUCAAUGGGAUUGGGGUAACAUUCGAGACACUGCAGCACCAGUUGUCCCUGAGCUGAGUAGUGACAUAGAUAGCAGCCAUUUUGAAGACAUUGAAGAUGAUAAAGGAGACGUCGAAACUUUUCCCGUCCCUAAAGCCUUUGUUGGAAACCAGUUGCCUUUCAUAGGAUUUACUUACUUUAGAGACAACCUGUUGCUAAGUGACUUUUCUGAGGUCUCUAGAGAAGCCGAACCCUGCAAAAACAAUGGAGCAAGGAAAAAUGAACUAAGGAAAAAUGAGGACAACGAAGAGUUUGCACAGUUUCAGGAAAAAAUAAACAAAUUAGAAGAUCAGCUUCAUAAUGAAGUACAGACCAAAGAGGAGCUCGAGCAAAAAUGCAGAACUAUUAAUAAUCGCCUAGAGAAGAUAAUAAAGGAGUUGGAUGAAGAGGCAACCUCAAGAAAAAAUCUAGAAUCUGCCUUAAGACAGUUGGAAAGGGAGAAAGCUCUUCUUCAGCACAAAAAUGCAGAAUACCAGCGGAAAGCAGAACAUGAAGCAGAUAAAAAGCGCAAUCUGGAAAAUGAUGUUAAUAGUUUGAAGGACCAGCUAGAAGAUUUGAAAAAGAGAAAUCACAACUCUCAAAUAUCAAAUGAAAAAAUCAUUCAGCUACAAAGACAGCUGGAUGAAGCCAAUGCUUUGCUGCGCACAGAGUCUGAUACAGCAGCCAGGCUGAGGAAGAACCAAACAGAAAGUGCAAAGCAGAUCCAGCAGCUGGAAACUAAUAACCGAGAUCUGCAAGAUAAAAACUGUGCCCUGGAGAAUACUAAGCUUAGGCUUGAGAAGGACUUCCUCAAUCUGCAAUCAGUUCUUGAAUCUGAAAGAAGAGAUCGGAGUCACGGGUCAGAGAUUAUCAGUGAUCUACAAGGUCGCAUAUCUAGCUUAGAAGAAGAAGUAAAAAAUGGGAAGAUUGCAUUAACUAAAAUGGAGACAGAGAAAAGGCAAUUACAGGACAGGUUCACAGAUCUGGAAAAGGAGAAGAGCAACAUGGAAAUCGAUAUGACGUACAAGCUCAAAGUCAUGCAGCAGAACUUGGAACAAGAAGAGGUUGAACACAAGGCAACUAAAGCCCGGCUAGCAGACAAAAACAAAAUCUAUAAAUCCAUUGAAGAAGCCAAAUCUGAGGCCAUGAAAGAAAUGGAGAAGAAGCUUUCAGAGGAGAGAGUUUCCAAACAAAAAGUGGAGAACUGCUUGCUGGAAGUUGAAAAGCGAUGUUCGAUGUUAGACUGUGAUCUGAAACAAUCACAACAGAAAAUAAAUGAACUUCUUAAGCAGAAAGAUAAACUAAAUGAGGAUGUUGAAAACUUGACAUUGAAAAUAGAACAGGAAACACAAAAACGUAGCCUCACACAAAACGACCUUAAGAUGCAAACCCAGCAUGUCAAUUCAUUGAAAAUGACGGAGAAGCAGCUCAAACAGGAGAAUAACCAUCUUUUGGAAAUCAAAUUGAGUUUGGAAAAGCAAAAUAAUGAACUUCGCAAAGAACGUCAGGAUGCUGAUGGCCAGAUGAAAGAACUUCAAGACCAACUUGAGGCAGAACAGUAUUUUUCAACGCUGUAUAAAACUCAAGUUCGGGAACUUAAAGAAGAAUGUGAAGAAAAGACCAAACUUUGUAAGGAAAUGCAACAGAAGAUACAAGAGUUGCAAGAUGAGAGGGAUUCUUUGGCAGCCCAACUUGAAAUCACCUUAACCAAAGCAGAUUCGGAACAGCUUGCUCGUUCUAUUGCUGAGGAGCAAUAUUCGGAUUUGGAAAAAGAAAAGAUCAUGAAAGAGUUGGAGAUUAAAGAAAUGAUGGCCAGGCACAAACAAGAGCUUUCUGAAAAAGAUGCCACCAUAGGAUCAUUGGAAGAAGCAAAUAGGACAUUAACGAGUGAUGUGGCAAAUCUGGCAAAUGAAAAAGAAGAGCUCAAUAAUAAACUUAAAGAAGUCCAAGAAAGAAUUGUUCGUAUUAAUGAAGAUGAAAAUGAUAUAGAUCUGCUUAAGACUCAGUAUGAGAAACAGUUGGCUUAUGAAAGAACUAUGAAGACCCAGGCUGUGAACAAGCUGGCUGAAGUCAUGAAUCGCAAGAACCCAAUCCAACGAGGGGCUGACACUGAUGUCAGAAGGAAAGAAAAAGAAAAUCGUAAACUGCACAUGGAACUCAAGUCUGAACGUGAAAAGUUAACUCAGAUGAUGAUCAAAUAUCAGAGGGAGAUCAAUGAAAUGCAAGCGCAAAUAGCCGACGAGAGCCAGAUAAGAAUCGAACUGCAGAUGGCCCUGGACAGUAAAGAUAGUGACAUAGAGCAGCUUCGCUCACAACUUCAAACAAUACACAUCGGUUUAGACAGCACUAGCAUAGGUUGUGGCCCAGGGGAAGCAGAGGCUGACGAUGGAUUUCCGGAGUCAAGAUUGGAGGGUUGGCUAUCGUUGCCUGCCAGAAACAACACAAAGAAAUUUGGUUGGGUCAGAAAGUAUGUGGUUGUUAGCAGCAAGAAGGUCCUGUUCUACCAUAGUGAGCAAGAUAAAGAACAAUCAAACCCUUACAUGGUCUUAGACAUUGACAAAUUAUUCCAUGUCCGGCCUGUUACGCAAACAGAUGUAUACAGAGCAGAUUCCAAGGAUAUUCCCAGGAUUUUCCAGAUCCUAUACGAUAACGAAGGGGAAAGCAAGAAGGAACUGGAAUUCCCAGCGGAAUUAACAGGAGAUAAAUCCAACUAUACUUGCCACAAGGGACACGAAUUCAUACCUACACUGUAUCACUUUCCAACCAACUGUGAGGCCUGUAUGAAGCCCUUGUGGCACAUGUUUAAGCCUCCUCCUGCCCUAGAGUGCCGUCGCUGCCACAUCAAAUGCCAUAAAGAUCACAUGGAUAAAAAAGAAGAGAUCAUUGCGCCUUGCAAAGUGAAUUAUGAUAUAUCGACUGCAAAGAACCUACUGCUGUUAGCCAAUUCCAUGGAGGAUCAACAGAAAUGGGUGAGCCGCCUGGGGAAAAGGAUCCCCAAGAAACCCCCAGCACCAGAUCCAUUUGCACGCUCUUCACCAAGAACUUCCAUGAAGGUACAGCCAAACCAGUCUAUCAGACGGCCAAGCAAACAGCUUCCUCCAAAUAAAAAGGAAGGCUUCCCUCCAAGAUUGAUUGAGAUGGCAUGUAGAGACUGGGAUUGGUCAUUUGAUGAUAUUGAUUUUGAUAUUGAGUUUAAUAUUGAUGAUGCUGGGAACGAUAACGAUCUUGACGAUAGCGAUGAUGAUAACGUGUUUGUUCUGAAGAGCUAACUGCCUUCUGUGAAUGCAGCCAUUGUUGAAGGUGAUUUUCUUCCUAUCGAAAUAAGACUGAAACAUCAUAUCCCAAACUUUUAUGAAAAGUAUAUAUAUAUGUUCCUGAAAGACAGUUAUAUAUAAAUAUAUAUAUCAGAAGUUUACAGGGAGGCGUGUGGUUUUUUUGUUUUGUUUUGCUGCAAUACAGCUUACUAACAAAUCCUGUGUGCAUUUUCUUAAUGUAACCUGGCUGGUUGGCCAAUCAAAUGAGGAAUGGUUGGUCAUAGUGCAAGGAUAUGCUGAAACUCUUCCACAAAACCUACCUUUUGGACUGGCCCGCACUACAUUUCACAAAAGGAAGCAAAAGCAUGAGGAAUCUAUCCCUGUUCUGAUUAUUAUUAUUAUUAUUCUUUUUUAGAGAAACGACACCAGCAAGUUUGCCAGAAGAGGGGGUGGGGUUUUUGGGUGGCGGGAGGGAAGGGGUGUGUCACACUGAUGAAGACUGCAUCUUUAAAAAGUGACCAUUAUACUGUGUGUGUUUUGUGUUUUGGUGUGUAAAUAUGUACAUUGUACUGUAAUGCUGCAAGAGGGUUUUAAAAAAAACUUUCCACUUUAUUUUUAUACAUACUAUUCAUAUACCAUGAACUGCAGUUGCAACUAUGCACUUGUAUAAAGCCAUACUGUUUAUAUCAUCCAUAACUGCGUAGCUGCAUGUCUGUGCUCAGCAGCGAAGUAUAAUGAGAAGCUCCAAGUAUAUACUCACUUCAGUUACUACUUAAUGGGCAAUCCUGUUUUACCAGUCUUGAAUGCCUUAAAUUAAUUUUGCUCCCUUCAAGUCUGUGCCCAUUCUAGAUAUUUAAGAGAGAGAGAAAAUGGAUGCAGCUCUUAGAAUGCAAUUUUGCUUUGUGGCAGAACCAUAUAGUGCACUAUGUUUACAAAUAAUAGUUUAUAUCUAUGUCAGAUUGCUCUGAAUGUAUAUCUAAUGGGUUUGGAAAGGGAGGGAGGGUCAGCUUAGUAUUGAUUUGAGAAACAAUGAACCAGUAGUAUUAGAACCUAAUAUAUAGCUUUCACGCAUAGACAUAAUUUUCCAUCCAGCCCUUUGUACAAACUUCAUUAUUGUUGAAUUUUAUAUUGCCCUUACUAAGUGCUAUGAAACCUCAUUCUGCCUUUUUUUUUUUUUGCAUACUAUCUUCGCUGGGUUUUUUUAUUUUUGAAGAAGAAAAAAAGAGCCCUUUAACUAUUUUUACCUUUUCAUCGCACAUAUUGAAGAACUGUUACAAACCCUUUAAAGAAAGGAACGUACUAUAGAUGUAUUUUAAACUUCCUUUUGAAUCCUGUUCUCUUAGCACGUAACUUUAGGAAUAUAGGAACUAGGAAGGUGAUUUAAGUUGCAUGUGUUUUGAGAACAGAGGGGAGGAAAAGGCCUUGUAGGCACUUAAUUUGAUUUUAUUUUGUAAUUUUUGUAUAAAAAUAUAAUUUAUGUGAGCGCUCAUUCAUACCAUGUCCAUAAUUUAUCCCGGAGAAUGCAUGUUUUAUACAACUACAAUAUACUAUAAUGUUAAACAUGAUGGCAGUAAAAAAAGGAAAAGCAUUAUUGUACCUUCCUCCUUGGUUUCUUUUUUUCUUCUAUGUAUACAUACAUAUAUAUGCACAUCUCUCUCUCUAUAUAUAUAUGUUGUGUGACUGUGUGCUCAUGAUAAACAAAUCUAACAAAUCUUAAAGUGAAGAGCAUGAGACAUUUCACUAAGUGUUUUCUUUAGUAAUAGCAACAGAGUAUGAAGGCAGACCAGGAAUUGCUUGACAUCUUGACUGUGAACUUUGCAGUUCCCCUUACAUAGUAGAGUUCACCAAACAGGAUUCCUGCACAGUUCCUCUUUGUGCCUGGAAAGCUUGAGGCGUAGAAUUUGAUUUUGCUUUACACUGGGAUCUCCUUUUAUUAAACCCCCUUGAAAUGAAUUAGAAUUCACUUUAGCAGGUCAUAGAUAACAGAUGUUACCUACCAGUGGACCAGAGCUUUGGAAGCACCCCUCCCAUCAAUACACUGUAAUUUAUCCACGCUGUAUUCAAUUAUGUUAUUUAUAUACACCUGAUCUAAAAAAGGACACGUGACCCAUAACUUAAAUUUUUUAAAUGUACCUUCUUUCAGCUAUCUUGGAAGCCCACGAUGAAGCAAAAGAGUAUUUAUCACAGCGAGAGUCCAGCAUAUUUUAAGAAAUGCAUAUUGUUUAAACAUGUAUACAAUAAAAAUGUUUCCUUUCACUGAAGGCAUACAUAUUUUAUAUAAUUGUUAUUUGUGGGAAGAUCUGGAUUGGAAGAAAUAUAUAUAUAUUUUUAAAUAAACUAUUUCAGUAAGAUAAAA